GCAGAUGUCUGAGGUGCUUCCGGGUCAGUGUUCGCCGAGCUACGCUAGAUCACGGAGCCCCGGUGCCGUUUAGUCCGGUUCUCCCCUCUCCGGUUCUGUGGGCCCGGUUCAAGGCCGGUGAUGUGUGCGUCCACCGCUCUGCCGCCCUGCCUCGGCCUGCUGCUGCUCCUAUGGGCAGCUCCGCCUCCGGCCUCCGCCUGGGAUGCGGAUCUGGAGCUGCUGGACCUGGUGGAGGAGAUCCCGCAGACCUUCUACCAGUUCAUGUCCCUGGACCAGGACGCCUCUGCUGCAGAGGUGAAGAAAGCCUACCGUCGACUGUCUCUGACUCUGCAUCCAGAUAAAAACAAAGAUGAAAAUGCUGAGACUCAGUUCAGACAGCUGGUGGCCAUUUAUGAAGUUCUGAAGGACGAGGAGAGACGGCGCAGGUACGAUGACAUCCUGAUCAAUGGUCUCCCUGACUGGCGCCAGCCCGUCUACUACUACAGGCGUGUGAGGAAGAUGUCCAAUGCCGAGCUGUUCUUCCUCCUCUUCCUCAUCCUCACCGUCGGACACUACGCUGUCAUUUGGUCCAUCUACCUGGAGAAACAGCUGGAUGAGCUGCUGAGUAAGAAGAAAAAAGAGAAGAAGAAGAAGAUGAGCUCCAGACCUGCAGACGAGCUCCGAUGCAUCGGACAAGACCGGCCUGACAGAGUCCAGGAGCGCCCUCAGUGGCAGGACAUUCUCCCUCUAAAACUGAGCAUCUGGCUGUACCUGUCCAUCAAAAACCUGCCACAGACCAUCCAGGAGGCCAAGCAGUACUAUGAGGACUAUCAGCAGCUGAAACGGCAGCAGAGAGAAGAAGCUGAAGCUGAACAGGAAGCUGCCACAAGAGAGAAGAGGCCAAAGGUCAAGAAGCCCAAGGUGGAGUUCCCAGUUUACGAACCGUCAGCAGAGGACCUGAAGUACCGCAGUUACGACCAGACCACGUCCAUCGAGGACAUUGAAGACCAGAUGGACGACUGGCUGCAGAACCCCAAGACCAUCAAAAAGAAGGCUGCUGAUUGGUCAGAGGAGGAGCUCAGCUUCCUCAGCAGGUUGAUGGUUAAAUUCCCUGGAGGGACUCCGGGUCGCUGGGAGAAGAUUGCACAUGAACUAGGACGAUCAGUGAGCGAUGUGACGACUAAAGUGAAGCAGGUCAAAGACCAUGUGAUCCACUCCUCAGGUCUGGUGAAGCUGUCGGAGCUGAAGGGCCAUCCACUUCCUGUGAGGGCUCUUCCUUUUGACGAUGCCAUCAGUCAGAGGGGCGUGGCUUUUGAAGAACAGGAGGAAGAGGAGGAGGAGGAGGAAGAGGAAGUGGCUCCAGUUAUCAGGAAGAGGAACAGGAAGUCGACUGCCACGACCGACGGAGGUGAGGUUAGGGUCAGAGGUCGGCGGCAGAGAGACUUUGACCCCACUGCACCGCUUGAAGAUGAGAGGACAGAGCCUCAGGAAAGGGUGGAGCCGCAGAGUAGCAUCUGGACUCAGAACCAACAGAAGCUCCUGGAACUAGCUCUGCAACAGUUUCCAAGAGGAACCACAGAGCGCUGGGACCGGAUUGCCAAGGUGGUACCUGGGAAAACUAAGGAGGACUGUAUGAUUCGCUAUAAGAUGUUAGCGGAGCUCGUUCAGAAGAGGAAGCAGGCAAAGAGCUGAUUAAGGUGCUGACCUUUGACCCCUGACGCCUGGACAGUGACCCCUGGACAGGUGGACUGUCAGUAGUGUCCAGUGUCUGCGUAGGUCAACUCGCCCCUGAUUGGACUGGAUGAGUUUUGUUUUCAAUGUUUGUGUUUCACCUGUUCAGGUGUGUUUUUAUAACUAAUGUUGCGUUAAAGGGAGACCUGACCUCUGACCUCACAGCUUCAUGUGCCUUAGCUCUGUUUAGCAUGUUGUCAAUCACAUCUGUUCAACAGAUCAAUAAAACCUAUUUAUUA